AGAUUGGGAAGAGCGCAUAAUUUUUGAACCGCCAUUUCGAAAUUCAAAUUUCACAACAACGCUCUCUCUCUCUGCAAACCCUAACAUCAUCCUCCAUUUCCGAUCAAUCAAACUCCGAUUCUCAUUCUCCGAAGCCGAUCAUGGCUUCCCGGAACCAGAACAGACCUCCGCGUAGCCCUUCCAAUAAAAAGGGAGGUGGUGCUGAAGAACUUCAAUCUGACAAGCGACGAAGGAUUAUAGGAACUGACAAAAUGGAGCGUCAGGGACGAGGUAGGGCUCCGUUUGGUGCGGUCAACAACAAGGCAGAAGCCAGUGAUGCUGGAAGUGUUGAGGGAUCCGAAUGCAGUACUGUUGAUUUUACUAAAGAGGAGGUUGAAGCGUUGUUGAAUGAGAAGAUGAAGAAGGGGAAUCCCUUCGAUAGUAAGAAGAAGAUAGAGCAGAUGGGGGAUCUGAUUAAGCGGCUUAAGCUUUGUGUUCGGUGGUUUAAGAGAGUUGAAGAAGGGUAUAUCCAAGAGAAAGAAAAGCUUCAGAGUGAUCUAGAAUCUGCUCAGAAGAAAUGCAUUGACGCUGAAAAUGAGAUGAAAAUGAAGAUGAGAGAGCUGAAUGAGGUUAUAUCUAAUUUGAGGAUGACAAUUUCCUCUUUAGAAGAGAGAAUUACAAAGGAAGAACGAGAUAAAUUGGAAGCUAUUGACUGUUAUAGAAAAGAAAAGGAUGCCAGAAGUGUAGCUGAGCAGAUGCAAGCUUCUCUUUCCACUGAGCUUGAGAAAGUUCGGGUUGAGAAAUCAGCUGCUGAGAAGAAGGCUAUUUCAAAUGAGGACCUGUACAAGCGAUCACAAGAGUAUAAUAUGAGUCUGCAACAGUACAAUAGUCGCCUUCAGUCAGAUCUUGAAACAACUAAUGAGGCACAUAAACGACUAGAAACAGAAAAAUCAACUAUUGUUGAGAACCUUAGCAAUGUAAGAGGGCACAAUAAGGCAUUGCAGGAGCAGUUGUCAUCUCUUAAGGCUUCACAAGAUGAGGCUACAAAGCAGAAAGAUAUUUUAGCAAAUGAACUCAAAUGCCUUAGAGAAGAAUUAAAGCAAAUUAGAGAUGAUCGUGAUCGUCAAAAGGGACAAGUACAUUCUUUAACUGGAGAAUUAGCAAAAUAUAAAGAAUAUACAGGGAAAUCUUGUGCUCAAUUGGAUACCUUGACUUCUAAAACUAAUGCUCUUGAGGAGACAUGUACUUCUCAAAGGGAGCAAAUGAAUAUGCUGCAGCAGCAGUUGAUUGCUGAAAGGGAGAAGUUAAAGAUGGCUGAUUUAUCUGUUUCAGAAACAAGAACAGUGUUUGAAGAUCAAAAAAGAAUUAUAAAUGAACUACAAGAGCGACUGGCAGAAAAAGAAUGCCAAAUAAUUGAAGGGGAGAAUUUAAGAAAAAAACUACACAACACUAUCCUGGAACUAAAAGGAAAUAUUCGUGUGUUCUGCCGUGUCCGACCUCUGCUACCAGAUGAUGGUCAUGGAACAGACAUGGUUAUUUCUUACCCCACGUCAACAGAAGGUCUCGGUCGGGGCAUUGAAUUGGUACAAAGCGGGCAGAAGUAUCCUUUUCAAUUUGACAAGGUGUUCAAUCACGAGGCUUCUCAACGAGAUGUUUUCACUGAGAUAUCGCAGCUGGUUCAAAGUGCCCUUGAUGGUUACAAGGUAUGUAUCUUUGCUUAUGGACAGACAGGUUCAGGCAAAACCUACACAAUGAUGGGCAGACCUGAUGCCUUUGAGCUGAAAGGACUGAUACCACGUUCUCUAGAACAGAUUUUCCAUAUUAGUCAGUCCUUGAAAGAUCAGGGAUGGAAGUACAAAAUGCAGGCUUCAAUACUUGAAAUAUAUAAUGAGACCAUUAGGGAUUUGUUAUCACCAAAUCGGUCAAGUGAUCAAGCACGAACAGAAAAUGGUGUUCUUGGAAAGCAGUACACUAUUAAACACGAUGCCAGUGGAAACACACAUGUUUCAGACCUCAAUAUUGUGGAUGUUUCCAGUGCAAGUGAGAUUUCCUCCCUCUUGCAACAGGCUGCGCAAAGCAGGUCAGUAGGAAGAACACAAAUGAAUGAACAAUCUUCACGAAGUCACUUUGUGUUCACUUUGCGCAUAUGUGGGUAUAAUGAGAAAACUGAACAACAAGUGCAAGGAGUGUUAAACCUAAUUGAUCUGGCUGGAAGUGAAAGACUUUCAAGAAGUGGAGCAACUGGGGACCGGUUGAAGGAAACUCAGGCAAUCAACAAAAGUCUCUCCUCUUUGAGUGAUGUCAUAUUUGCUUUGGCAAAGAAAGAGGAGCAUGUGCCCUUUAGGAAUUCAAAACUGACAUACCUUCUGCAGCCAUGCCUCGGUGGGGAUUCAAAAACUCUGAUGUUUGUGAACAUCUCACCUGAUCCAUCUUCAGCUGGAGAGUCACUUUGCUCUCUUCGUUUUGCUGCCAGAGUCAAUGCCUGCGAGAUUGGCAUUCCACGGCGUCAAACAUCCACACGGUCCUUUGAUUCUCGUUUGAGCUAUGGCUAAAAGAGAGGCCUGCUUGGACUUUGGUCACCUUGAUCAUAAUUCAUAACCAAUAUAACUGUUACUGCUUUAGCAGGGAUAAGAGAGAUGUUAUUUUUGUUCUUUAUAAAUGUAGUUAACCUUUAGAGAAGUGAGUUGUAUAAAUUGGUUGUAGAGGCCUGUCUUUAGCCUCCGUGGUGCUGCUGAUGGUUUGUAUCAUUUAACUGUGACUUCAUAGUGUUCAGUUAAUUGGAGCUUCAAUGAUUGUAAUUUCUGUGUAAAACUACAUCAUUUGAUUGAUUUUUGCAACUUAAUGAGAUGGAUGUCACAUUAUAUUUGGGUCAUCAACAA